ACCCUUCUACUCAAACAAAACCACUUUCUCUCUCUAAAACAAAUUUCUUUUUAUUUUUUCUUUCUUUUUUGUUUAUUCACCUACUUCACUUUCUGUCUCAAUUUUCUCUCUCUAAAAUCUCUCACUGUUCCUUCUAAAAUUGCUGAAUCUGAACCAUACCCAUUUUCCAUCUCCUUGAUCUGCACCAUUUUGCUUCCAUUUUCAAGCUAUGGAGUUCACAAUGUGAGGUAAAGUUUUCACCUUUUUGCAAUGGUGGCUGCCAUUUCAGAGAACCCAUUAACCUCAUCAAGGUCUGAGAAAGACAACAAUGGCGUCGUACCCAAGAGAGGUAAAGGUAGACAAAUUUCUUCUAGGUACAUGUCUCCUUCACCUUCAUCUUCUUCUUCAACCACAACAACUACAACAACAACUUCAUCUUCAACUACAACAACAACAACUACUACAACGUCUUCUUCUUCUUCAAGGAGAUUUGCUUCACCUCUUCUUACACGUUCGACGAAUUCACCUACACCGCUUGUUCCGAAACGUUCUCAGUCUGUGGACCGUCGGAGACCUCGACCAACAACGCCGGUUCCUGAAGCGACCAAGCUUUUGGUAACUUCUACGAGGAGUUUGUCUGUUUCUUUUCAAGGUGAGGCCUUUUCUCUUCCUAUUAGUAAGAGUAAGGCGAAAGCCGCGACACCGGAGCGACGGAGGGUUGCUCCGGUGGCUGGAAAAGGAGAUCAGGGGGAGAAUUCUCGACCCUCGGAUCAGCAUAGGUGGCCUGCACGGUCUAGACAGGUUAAUCAGUUGUCAAGGAGUGUGGAUUGCAGUGGGGGUGGUGGUGGUGGUGGUGGGGGAGGUGGUGGUGAUGGUGGGGAGAAGAAGAAGGUUGUUGGGAAAGUUGUUCGUGCAUUGCAACAAUCAAUGGUUAUGGAGAGUGGUAGAAGAAGAGCUUCAUUUGAUGGAUUAAGUGGUUUGAGUUUGGAUUUAGGGAAAACUAGUACUUCUCAAUUGAAUGAACCUUGUUUGAAUUUGAAUUCGAAUUCCGAUGUUAAUGCUUCUGAUACUGAUAGUGUUUCAUCUGGUAGCAAUUCAGGAGCACAUGAUUCUUCUUCUCUCGGGGCACUUAAGGUUCCGAGGGAGAAUCGUGGCAUUGUUGUUUCUUCGAAGUUUUGGCAGGAGACUAAUAGCCGGUUGCGCCGGUUGCAGGAUCCUGGUUCACCUAUGUCAACUAGUCCUGCUUCGAGGGUUAGUGUUCCAUCGAAGAAUUCGCAAUUGAAAAGGUAUAAUAGUGAUGGUCCUGUGAUGUCGCCUCGAACUAUGGCUUCUCCUAUAAGGGGAAAUGCGCGGCCUUCUUCUCCUAGUAAACUUUGGGCGUCGGCUGCUUCCUCUCCUUCAAGGGGGUUUUCUAGUCCUUCGAAAGUGAGGAGUGCGGUUGCCAGUUCCAUUAAUAGUAACUCUGGUAAUUCGCCUUCGAUUCUUAGUUUCUCUGCUGAUGUGAGGAGAGGGAAGAUAGGGGAAGAUCGGAUAUUUGAUGCACAUACUUUGAGGCUUCUUUAUAAUCGGUAUGUGCAAUGGCGGUUUGUUAAUGCCAGGGCUGAUGCUACCUUUAUGGUGCAGAAAAUGAAUGCGGAGAGACAUUUGUGGAAUGCAUGGGUAACAAUCUCCGAGCUCCGGCAUUCAGUCAUACUUAAAAGAAUAAAGCUAGUACUGCUGAGGCAAAAGUUGAAACUCACUUCCAUUCUAAAGGGACAGAUUUUGUAUUUGGAAGAAUGGGCCCUUUUAGAUAGAGAUCACUCCAAUUCUUUACUGGGAGCAACUGAAGCUUUGAAGGCCAGUACUCUCCGUCUUCCGCUUGUUGAAAAAGCAACGGCCGAUGUACCAAAUCUGAAAGAUGCUUUGGGGUCCGCAGUUGAUGUGAUGCAGGCAAUGGCGUCCUCAAUAUAUUCUCUUUCGUCAAAGCAGGUGGAGGAAACUAACUGCUUGGUAGCGGAAAUUCUAAAGGUAACGUCGAAGGAAAGGUACUUGCUUCAACAUUGCAAGGAUUUUUUGUCAUCCUUAGCAGCCAUGCAGGUGAAGGAUUGUAGCUUAAGAACGCAUAUGUUACAACUUUCUCGCGUACCAUCCGCUUCCUGACAACAAACAAACACGUGUGUAGAACUGAUCUUAUUUGACGAACCUGACACCUCUCACUCUUAAUGCUAACACACUACUCUCUCUGAAUCCGAAGCCUUUUUAAUUAACACAGAAGAAGGUAAUAAGAAGAAGAAGAAGAAUGGAAUGGAGAGUCAAUAGCUGGUUUUUGUUUGCUGUUUUUGAAACCUGUUGUGGUCUUGAAUAUGUCUUGUGUGUAGUAGUGUCUGAAUGUUAAUUACAGUUUACAAAAGAAAACAAAAAAAGAAGGGCUUUCUCUCUCUAUCUCUCUCUCUCACUAGAUAGUUAGAUUAAUUAAGAUGUAUACAAUUAAUUACCUUUGUCUGUGUAUAUAGUAUCAAAUAUGUAAACAACUAAUUAUUGUUUAGUAGGUGUUAGUUUGUGGUUUA